AUGGUUAAUGAAGAAAAAGCAAAGAGAGAAAGUGCUUCCUGUAAGCCACAUUCCAACCAAAUGACCAUCACUCUUAACAAUCUCUUAUACCUUAACCAAGCCCAAGUUACUUAUGGUUUAAAUUCUCCGCAAUACCAAGAAUUAGUGCGAGAACAAAAAGAAGCCAUUGCUGUUUUAGAGAAAGCUUCUGAGGCAGAACAAAAGGAGUAUUUGGCUUUAAUUCAGCAAUUACAGACUUUAUUAGCCAAAACCCCUAAUCUCUCUGCCCCCGAACAGCAAAGAAUAAUUACCUUUAGCCAAGAAGCAGAUGAAUUUACCGAGCAAUUAAAAAUUCAACAGCAACAGAAAACUAAUUUAGUGCUUUGGGUUUGUGGUGGUUUAGUUGGUUUGGGAUUGAUUGUUUUGGCAGGAUUUUUAGUGAUUAAGGCUAGGAAAAAAGGAGUCAAAGAAUAG